AGAGAGGAUAAUUUAUUUUGUGUUUCUUUUUUGUUCACUAUUCUCUCUUUGCUACUAAAAUCGAGUAAGUCACGUCACAGGCAGGAUCACUGAUUUACCACUGAACAAACUAGAGAUUUGCUUUGCUGGGUCAUUCUAGCCGUCAUGAAAUCUGGGCAUCAGCCUCUACGCCCUGCUUUGUACAGAUGAUUUGGAAAUCUACACUAUUUCAGGCGUGCUCACACGUCACACAUGUUACCCGGAAAAACACAAAUCGGGGAAGGGAAUAUCACAUUUCAUUCAUAUGCUUCAAAUGUCACCUACAAUGAAAUAUUCACCGGACUGAAUUGCACUUCACGUAGAUGAAAUGUUUGUUUUGUUUUUUUUAUCCAUACUCCUAGCAAUAUUUCUGGAGCCGUGGAAUUGGUUUCGUGGAAAUGAGAUGCCUCAACCACCUCUGCGGCUCAUUGGCAAACAUGAAUUAUCGUUAUAUGACGGUGAAGAGGACAGCAAGGGGCUUUACCUGGCCAUACUGGGACAGGUGUUUGAUGUAAGCAAGGGGCGAAAGCACUACGGACCCGGUGGUGGCUACCAUUGCUUUGCUGGCAAAGAUGGAUCUCUUGCCUUUGUCACCGGGGAUUUCACAGACAUGGGGCUGACAGAUGACCUAUCCAGCCUGUCCCCCACUCAGGUGGUGGCACUGUAUGACUGGCUUGCUUUCUACCAGAAGGACUAUCAGCCAAUGGGCAGGCUGGUUGGUCGGUUCUACACUGAGGGGGGGCAGUCCACGGCGGCCUUAAAGGCGGUGGAGGCAUCCCUGGCAGAGGGGCAGAGACUCAAGGCCCAGGACUUGGCUGAGAACCAACACUUCCCAGCUUGCAAUUCAGAGUGGAGUGCUGCUAGUGAAGGAAGGGUCUGGUGUUCCAGGAAGAGUGGUGGAGUUCACAGAGACUGGGUGGGAGUCCCGAGGCUGCUUUUCUCUCCUGGCUCCAGCCGGUCUCGCUGUGUGUGUGUAGAAAAUCCCUCCACAACAGGAAACCCCAACCUCCAAGAGUACCAGGAUUGCCCCCCUGAAGCUGAGUCAUGUCCUGCUGGAGGCUAGUCGGAUCUGGACACUGGAACUAUUCACAGGACCUCAAUGUAAAAAGGAUUAAACCUGAAGUCAGGUGAAAUUCUUCAAAUGCUAAAUGAUCAGAUUUUCUUCCUUCCUUUGGAUCUACAUGCCAUGUAAUUACGUUGUCAGCGAUUGUAAGAAAUACUUGAAAAUCAACUAGACUUUGUAUGCCUGCUAGGAUGUUUUAUACCAUUGAAAAGUACAAUACAUGUUGUCUAAAUGGAAAUAAAACAAUCCAUUUUUUUAUGAUGA